AUGAGCAACGGGAAUCCAGCUCAGUCGCCCGUUCCUCAGGCAGGCCAUGUGUCUAAUUCGCCGUCUCUCACGUCGAACUACUCUACCGUGGAGAACCCCGCUGUCUACGAUCCCGAUGCUCCCAAAUACUUUUUCCAGGAGAAAUAUGCUCCGCUCAAUGUGAAGGGUAACUUUUUGACGCUGUGUGCUUGUCCGAAGAAUGUGGAACUGGGAGAAUGGCUGGCUCAUCAAAUUGUGGAACAGUACCGUUUGCUUCAUGGCAUGCUUCAGGUCAUCCAGGAAGUGAACACGGUUACUGGUCUGCCCAUCUGCAAUGAGAGUACUUGCCCAACUAUGUCCGCUGGCCGCCUGACCUACACGUGGCUUGUAGACUCUCAUGCUGCUAAGAUAUCGGCCCCCAAGUUCAUCAAUCGCGUCGAAAAGUGGAUUGUCAGCAAAAUCCAUGACCCCGUGAUGUUCCCCACAGAAAAUGUCACCGGUAUACCUGAUACCUUUGCGAUCAACGACGCUGCUGGUACCCCCGCUUUGAACCCGGCCGCAAACGCUGCCGGUGAUGACUGGAUUGGCAAGUCCAGCGGCUUUCCCCGUACUUUCUACAAGGACUGCCAAGGAAUCAUGAAGCAGAUGUUCCGCUGCUAUGCCCAUCUAUACCAUGCGCACUGGCUGAACCCUUUCUGGCAUAUCAACAAGCAUGAUAUUCUCAACAUGUGCUUUGUCCACUUUGUUACCGUUGCGAAAUACUACAAGCUGGUUUCUGACAAGGAAAUGGAGCCCAUGCAGCCAUUGAUCGACCUCUUCAUCAAACAGCAGCGGAUCCCUCCAGAGGCUCUUGCCGGCGGCCACUGGGGUCAGCAGAGCUCUAGCUGA